AUGGAAGGAGCAGUAAGAGUAAGAAGAGUGAGAAUCAGAGGAGGCCGAGGAGGCCGAGGGAGAGGACGUGGAGGUGAAGAAGUUGGAGGAAGAGGACUUGGAGGUGAAGAAGCGAGAGGGUUAGAGGAAGUUAGAGGAAGAGGACAAGGAGGAGCAAGAAGAGGACGAGGAGGCCGAGGGAGAGGACGUGGAGGUGAAGAAGUUGGAGGAAGAGGACGUGGAGUUGAAGAAGCGAGAGGGUUAGAGGAAGUUAGAGGAAGAGGACAAGGAGGAGCAAGAAGAGGACGAGGAGGGGAAAGAGGAAGGGUAAGAAGAGUAAGAAAUAGAAUAACUGAUGACAUCAGAGCUACAAUUAUGGACCAUGUCAUCAACCAUGGGAUGACCCUGAGGGAAGCUGGCCAACGGGUUCACCCUAAUUUGAGCCGCUACACUGUGGCAAGCAUCAUUAGGACAUUUCGAAAUGAGAAUCGAAUUGCUAGACGUCCAGAUGUUGGGGGCAGAGGAAGAAUGUUCACUCCAGAGCAAGAGACCCAUAUAGUGAACAUGGUGAUUGCCAAUAAUGCAAUAAGACUGUGCGAAAUACAGCAGCGCAUAAUUGAUAAUGACACCAUCUUUCAAAAUAUACACAGUGUAAGCAUUUCUGCACUAAGUCGUGUACUUGCGCGCCACACAAUAAGAAUGAAGAAAAUUUACAGAGUUCCUUUCGAGAGAAACACAGAACGUGUAAAGCAACUGCGAUAUGACUAUGUGCAGAGAGUGAUGGAACUAGAAGCAGAUGCCAUGGGACAUGAGCUACUUUUUGUAGAUGAGGCCGGUUUUAACCUCAGUAAAACCAGGAGACGUGGCAGGAACAUUACUGGACACCGUGCCAUCAUCAAUGUCCCAGGACAACGUGGUGGUAACAUAACCAAAUGUGCAGCUAUAAGCCAAAAUGGUGUUCUUCACCAUCAUGCAACCAUAGGCCCAUACAACACUGCACACAUUAUUGCAUUCCUGGACACCUUACAUGACAUGCUCACUGUUCAGAGACCAGAGCAUACCCGAUAUGUCAUCAUAUGGGACAAUGUUAGUUUCCAUAGGGCUUCUUUGGUCCGCAACUGGUUUACAGACCACCCAUCCUUCAUGGCACUCAACCUCCCUCCAUACUCUCCAUUCUUAAAUCCCAUCGAGGAGUUCUUCUCUGCCUGGCGCUGGAAAGUGUACGACCGUCAUCCUCAUCAACAGGUAGCCCUUUUACAGGCAAUGGAGGAGGCAUGUGGAGAUAUUGACCAGGCAUCUUGUCAGGCCUGGAUACGCCAUUCAAGGAGAUAUUUCCCCCGGAGCCUUGGACUGGAGCAUAUUGCAUGCGAUGUGGACGAAAUUUUGUGGCCGGACCCAGAAAGACGACAUGAUGUAGGCUGA